UGUUUAAAAGUGACAUAUGCUGUAUGACAGAUGAGCAAUCAUUCAAAAAUAUUCAUCAUUACCACAAACAAGUGAAAUAUUACUUAAAAAAUGGCAAAUUUAAUCAAAAUUCGUACCACAUUGUUCCUGGCUUCACUGAUUCUUACCUCAUUUACCUCCGCCCAAAAUGGUAUCCCACCCGAAACCCGGAUACAAAUCGACUCCCUUAUCGAUGCAGUAAUGCAGACCCAAAACGUUUCGGCGCUCGGAUUGUCGAUCGUUUUUGGAGAAUCUGUCUACAACAAGGGAUACGGAUUACGCGAUCGAGAAAAUGGCUUACCCGCCGGUAACAACACACUCUUCGCGAUCGGAUCAAUUUCCAAGAGCUUCACGGCCAUCGUGAUCAUUAAAUAUUUGUCCGAACGAUACCCAACGUUAGGAGGGUCCGUGUUAGACGUACCGAUUCGAAUUCUUGCUCCCAGCUAUAAUUUCACCCUAGGAGACAGAUACCGCUCGGAAAAGGUGACGUUUAAAGACCUCUUGGCCCACCGGGUUUGCACGCUGCCGGAAUAUACUGGAAUGUGGGUCAGUGCUUACGAGGGGGAGGACGAUUUUUACUACCGACAAAGAUAUUCCCUCGAACAAUGCGGACUUCGGGAUGGGUUUCUCUACAACAAUGGACUUAUCGGAAUAGCUGGACAUAUAAUUGGUCACAUGGCUAAUUCUACGUUUGAUGAGAUGUUACGCAACCUCCUCUCCUCAAUUAGAAUGAGUGACACAACACUGAUAAAGGAGACGGACGAUCAUAACAAUAUGAUGCAGCGAGCCAUCCCAUACUUGUGGAAGGAUGAUCAACACAUUCGCUAUAAUUCAGAGAUCUUAAAGAGCGUCGUAGUUGCCAAUGCAGCCGGCGGUAUUCUUAGCAAUGCGAACGAUAUGGCUAAAUAUAUGGACUUCUUCCUUAACCGGGGAAAAGUCGGGGAUACGCAAAUAGUUCCGGAAGAAGUCAUGGCCUGGCUGAGCGUCCCGUCCAACCCUUUACUUUCCGGGUUCCUCAAAACAUCCGAGGAUCCCGAACUUGUCCCAGAUAUCUGGAUGGGGUACGGUCUUUGCCUUGGCGUAGCGAUGUAUGACGGAUGGUUGAAAGUUUUUCAUGAUGGUUAUCUCCCUCCGUUCGAAUCCUUGAUGAGCACUUAUCCCGAAUUGGGAUUGGGCAUUUUUACCACAGCGAGUGGCCCUGGUCCUCUCUUCGUCAUGCCACAAUGGGCCCUGCAUAAUGAAAUCUUCCAAUUAUUGCGAAACAAUGUUACUAAAAAGCGGGACUUGUCACUAAAAAAGAAAGCUGCAAUUACUCCGCCAAGAUUUGAUGCUCAAAAAACUAUCAACCAUCAAUCCCAAUUUAUCUACGAAGAAGAAAAAAUUGCUCCUAAAAUUUCUGAGGAAGAAGCCGUUGGAGCUUUUGGAAAUGGAUUUAACGGCGGGUUUACCAUCUCCUUUAAAAACAAUUCUAUUGGGGUUCCCCAGCUUUAUUGGGAGUAUGGAAAAUGGGCCCUGGCCUGGUUGGAACAGACGACUCCAUCUAUUUUCUCCGUCACUGAAUACGAUUCUGAUUUCUGGAUGAUGUCUUGGCCCGCUGAUGGUGGAGUAAUUACAUUAACGCUAGAAUUCGAUGACUUGGACACGAUCCGGCUUGUGGAUCAAGGUGCCGAGACCACCCUUCCGUUUAAGAGAGGACUUGUCGUAGAUGAUCUGCCCCACGUUCCAUGGGCUCCUGACAGUUGUUAAGAAAAUCGUUUUGUGGAUGAUGUCAAAAUUAUAAGUAAUUACAUAUUUAAAUGAUGUAAAAAAAUAUAAGCCAUGCAUACAUAUGUAGCUACAUAUUCGGCAAUGUUUUAUAAAUGA